AUGUCUUCUCCCGUAGACACGGCUGUCGUGGUCUCAUCGUCUCCUUUUCUUCAGCAUGCGGACAUGCGCGAAGCAUCCCCUCUAUUCUCGUUCAAUGUGCUUCCAUUAGAGUGCCGACAACAGAUUCUAUGCGACCUUCCAGACAUUGAAUCGCUCAAAUCCGCCAUAUUAAGCCAUUCCGCCGUGUACUCGGCUUUUUACAAUCACAAGACUGCAAUCAUAUUCCAAAUCAUUCAACGUCACAUACCCAGAGGGCUACUCGCAUACGCUGUCCUGUGCUCCCAUGCUCGGAAUAUCGAGCUGUGGACGAGGGCAAAAGUCCUCGAUAUCCUAGACCUGUACUUCAACCGUCGCCUGGUCGACUCGUUUAAAUGGACUAUAGGACGGGCUCUGGCUCUGGUGACGUUCCAUGAAAGUGUGACCUUUUUCACCAGUGAUUUUAUCGAUAACGCCCUGGGUCUCGUCGCACCUUUGAACUUUCCCAUCCGCCCCCCCUCCGAGACCGAGUGGUGUCGUGUCGCGAGGGCAUUCUACUUACAGGAAACGAUCAACCAUCUCUUCUGCUUCCGGAACCGAGAAGAACGCUGGAUUAGUGGCGGCAUCAAAUAUGCACGUCCAUCGCCCUCUGAAUUCCGGCCUCGGGAAAAACUUGAAAUAUUCUUCAGCAAGCACGCGCCCUGGGAGAUGGAGCAAAUCGGCGCAGUUAAUGAGUACUUGUACUGGAAAAUCUCACCAGCGCACGACGUCGAGUUGGGUUACUAUACCGUCUAUUUCUCAGAUAACGAGACAUGGGAGGCAGCUAUGGGAAGCCAACACAAGAGGGGUUUUCUGCUGAAAGGAUUGACAGCCCUCCAUCGAUUUGUCACAAGAGCCAACCACAACAGCCGCCUCGGGCUUAUCUCGAUUCGCAACUCGCGUUGCUCAAACUGGCUUUUGCGCAAUGAACUCGAAUACUUGCAGAGACUCUCUGUACAGGGGUUUGGAGCUACUUUCUACAGGGACCUCGCACCUGAACAAAUUGCCGAGGUCGUGGGAAACCCGUUUGCGUACGACAACGACUGUGGCCCCCAACAGGCAUGGCAAUGGGCCCACCGCGAUACUCGUUGCUGUCAAUUAAUUUGUUCGAAGGAGCAUCGUGAGCUUCGGCGAUUUGGAUAUGUCAUGUGGGACAACCAGCGUCUCCAGCAGUGGAGAGCUCUGGGGACUCCUUUCCAGGCGCCUCAGCAAGACGAUGGCAGUCAGGCGGGGAGACGCUGGAUGGCCAUGUGGCCAUUGAUUGAACGAAGACGAAGGAUGUACGUACAUGGGGCGCGCGGUUGGUGGGACGGCGAAGAUAGGGAAGAAAUAAGAUGGAUUCACGGGGUGAAAUCACCAGAAACCCAGCGGAGACUGUUGCAGUAG